AACAAGUCGUCUCCCCCCACCCACUCGCCUCCGAUUCCAGACAAAACCUCACCUCCACUCCCCCCCGGCUCUUCCCCACCGGCUCCAAUGUCGCCGCCCCUCGAGCCGCACGACUACAUCGGCCUCUCCGCCGCCGCCGCCUCGCCGUCCCCAACCUCUUCCUCCUCGUGCUCGUCCUCGGCCAACCCCGGCGCCGAGGUUGGCCCCCGCCUCACCCUCCGCCUCGGCCUCCCGGGCUCAGAGUCCCCCGACCGCGACAGCUCCGCGGACGUCGCCGCGGCGCUCACCCUCGGCCUCGUCUCCACCCACAAGGCCGCCUCCAAGCGCGCCUUCCCCGAGGCCUCCCCACGCCGAGGAGGCUCUGCCGCCGCUGCAGCUGGCGCGAGGGGCGAGGAGAAGGCGCCCGCCGCUGCUCCCCCUGCCGCCAAGGCGCAGGUUGUGGGAUGGCCGCCCGUGCGGAACUACCGCAAGAACACGCUGGCGGCGAGCGUCUCCAAGAGCAAGGGGGGAGAGGAGGGUGCAGCAGCCCAGGGGGGACCUCAGUAUGUGAAGGUGAGCAUGGAUGGUGCCCCUUACCUCAGGAAAGUGGACCUCAAGAUAUAUUCUAGCUACGAGGACCUCUCCACGGCACUCCAGAAGAUGUUCAGCUGCUUCAUCACUGGUCAAAGUGCUAUGCGGAAACCAUCUAGCAAGGACAGGCUUACCAAUGGUUCAAAGGCUGAUUCCCUCCAAGAUCAAGAGUAUGUCCUUACAUACGAAGACAAGGAUGCGGACUGGAUGCUUGUUGGUGAUCUUCCAUGGGAUUUGUUUACCACUAUCUGCCGGAAACUGAAAAUCAUGAGAGGAUCUGAUGCAGCUGGAAUAGCUCCAAGAUCCCUAGAGCAGACAGGUCAGAACAAAUAAGAUUGAUCUUUAUCUGGAGCAAAGAAAGACAACCGAGCUUAAGCUGUGAGAUGAUGUUGCAGAAAAAAAUGAUUCAUGCCAAGUGUCUCAAAUAUCCGAAAUGUUAGUGUAGUUUCAUGUGUUUCUGUGACCUGUGCGUUGCAUGUCUGUAAUGUGAUCUGUUAAGAUAUUGCAAUUGUGGGUUGCCCUAUUUCCCCUAGUAAUGUCAGUAAGCUCUGUGCUUUCUGUACUCAUAUAUAUUUCCAGUGUUGUACUAAGUGUUCUACUCAAUUGAAAUUAUCCAAAUGCUGCAUGUUCUGUUCA